AUGAACGAAUCAGUAAAAUCCAGAAAUGAGUUUGUUCUGGCACCUAUUUUUGAAAACGACCAUUGGAUGCUCCUUGCAAUAUCUGUAAAAAAUUGCACCAUAUAUCACUUCGAUUCCAUUUGCUUGAGUUUAGGUCGAAAGAUAAAGAUGAAGACAAUAGUGAGACAUUUUUUUACAAGGUACAAGAUGUGUGGCAACCGUGUCAACAGGAAAGAGCCUUUAUGGAAAUAUGUGGAGUGCGCUCAACAAAAGGGAGGCCUUGAGUGUGGAUUUUACGUAAUGCGGUACAUGUUUGAUUUAGUCUCUUGCUGCAAUGAUGUUUCAGACUUAGAGAAGGUUUGCACAUCAAUGAGUGGAGAUCCUUUCACCGAUGAGCAAAUUGAUGAAAUACGAGACAAAUGGGCAUCAUACUUCACCGAACAUUGUGUGUAAUUAACGCUUCAUCGAUCUCUUUUUGUGGAUGUUUCAUGCUAUUAAAAUCAUAUAUAAUUGCCUUAUUAUAUUUUUGGUGCAAUUUUGUAACGUGUGAAGUGUAAAAGAUAUAUUUAUUAUAGACUUGAAACUAUUUAGGUGGUUUAUUUUGUAAACAUAUGAUGGUUAACUUAUAUGUAAAAAUCAAAGUUUCUUGGAAGUUAUUGGUGGUUGAUGACACUUUUGAACGUUGUAUAAAUGUGGCGUGAGUACAGGUUUUAUAUUUUUGGGAUUGUUUAG